CCUGAAUGGGAUAUAGACACAGGUCCUCCGUCACUAACUGAGGUUACUAAAGCUGUCACCAAUCUGAAACUAGGCAAAGCAGCGGGACCUGAUGGAAUGACUCCAGAGGUAUUUAAGUACGGUGGAGACAGCUUACUGUCCGGAUUAACUGAGGUACUAGGCAGCGUCUGGGAAUCAGAAGAAGUCCCAUCGGGUUGGUGUAAGUCACUGAUUAUCCCCAUAUACAAGAAGGGAGACAAGUCUUCCUGUGAUAAUCACAGAGGGAUUAGCUUGACUAAUAUAGUAUCUAAAGUCUUAGGCUCAAUAAUCAUGCGUAGACUGAGUGGUGCUCGGGAAGCACAAACACGAGAGAGCCAGGCAGGCUUUAGACCAGGAAGAGGGUGUAUUGAUCAUAUCUUCACCCUCCGACAGAUUCUAGAACAUAGGCAUUCCUACCGGCGUCCAACAGUCAUUAUAUUUCUUGACCUAAAGGCAGCAUUCGACUCUGUCGAUCGGGAAGUUCUCUGGAGAUGCUUGGCUGUAAAGGGAAUUCCGAGAAAAUAUAUUGCACUGAUUAAGGCACUCUACUCGUACUCAUACAGCCAGGUGAGGGCUUACGGCGAGCUGUCAUCUGAACUGAUGACGACCAGUGGUGUCCGUCAAGGAUGCCCAUUAUCUCCUUUUCUAUUCAACUUCAUCAUAGAUGUGUUAAUGGACUUAACCCUAGGUGACUUCAGCGACUCAGGGAUUGACUUGCUACCGGGAAUAAUCUCGUUGACUUGGAAUAUGCAGACGAUAUAGUCCUUCUAGGCGAAGACGCUGACGAAAUGCAGAGUCUUCUAAACACCUUGAGCCGCAAUCUACGAAUGUUUGGCAUGCGAUUCGCUCCCGCCAAAUGCAAGAUGAUGUUACAGGACUGGACUACAUCGACGCCUAGUUUAAAAAUAGGAAGUGAAGUGGUAGAGCACGUUGACCGCUUCACUUAUUUGGGAAGUACCAUCAGCCCCCAACGGGCUGAUCUCUGACGAAAUCUCAGCACGAAUACAAGGGGCUCGUUUCGCAUUUGUUAGUUUACGCCGACUCUGGCGUAGACGAGAUGUUCGACUAUCGACCAAAGGGCGGGUGUACUGCUCAUCAGUCCGCUCCGUCCUCCUUUAUGGUUGUGAGACCUGGCCACUGAGAGUGGAAGACAUGAAAAGACUAGCUGUCUUUGAUCAUAGGUGCCUGCGUUCUAUUUCCCGUGUAAAGUGGCAUAAUAAGGUGAGCAACAUUGAGGUUAGGCGUAGAGUUCUAGGUAAACAGGGGAAAUCAAUCGACGAAGUCGUGAAGCUACAAAGACUGAGAUGGUUAGGACAUGUGUUACGUAUGCCAAGCCAUCGCCUCCCUCGACGAGCAAUGUUAGCGGAUAUAGGGUCAGGCUGGAAAAAAGCUAGCGGCGGUCAAACAAAAACUUGGCAUCAGUCAAUGAAAUCCACAACAGUUGGUCUAAGCCACGUAGGAAGGUGUAGACUUCCAGGCUGGGGUCCUCGGGACGGUAAAAAUCUAUGGUUGGAAACAAUUGGUGACAUGGCUCAAAAUCGUUCUCAGUGGCGCAGAUGCAUCCACUCCUUGUGACUUAUGAUCUCCAAUGAAACUGUUUU